AUGACGAGCCGGGCGAGCGCCCCCAGUUUGUCGUCUCACUCAGUGGCAGAAGGCCCAUGGAGACCAGCGCGUGCGCCGCCAUUCGACCCGUUCGAGUACGUGCCGCACGAACGCGGGUACAGGACGUACUGGGGCUUCAGUCUGGGCGUCGCCUACCUCACAUUCAUCGCUCUCUUCAUCGGAUACGGGCUGUAUCGCUUCGCGACAGACCCCAUGCAGGCGUCCGAGAGCACGUCCUCGGUCAGCGACUACGCCUACCAUCCGCGGACCUCCAUGGAAUCGAACGUCGCCUUCGCGGCCACGAUCGUCGGCCCGAUCGACCUCCUGCCCCCCGGCACCAUCUACCUGGUCGCCAAACAGCAGUACCUGGAGAUCGCGAUGGAUGGCGGCGACAGACCCAGCGUCAAUACCGUCGAGAUCGACCUGCCGCUGGCCCCGGCCGAAAUCGUCAACUCGGACGGCGCGGUCAUCCGCGUCAUGCGGAUCGUGCCUGCGUGCGCCGACCCGACGAAGGACCAGGUGCCCGAGCUGGUGGCGCUGCCGUUCGAGCUCGGCGACGGGGAGAAGCCCAUGAGCAUCUACCGCCUGCCCGGGGCCGUGCCCUGCGACAGCAACGUGGCGCAGUUUCCGCACAUGCAGGGAACGCUGUUCGCAUCGCGAAGCUUCGCCCAGGUCGCGAUCGAGGCUCGGGUGAACUGGACGAAGAUUGCAGACGCGCCACCGCAGCUCCGCGCUCUCGUGUACUCCUGCUUCGUGGUGGGGCUCAUGCGGUCCGAGCAGGUGCCCACGAACGCGAUCACGUGGAACACGGACCUCGAGGAUCUCCGCGCGCAGAGGGUCGGCUUCCUGACCUCGCAAUCGAAGCCGCUCUUCGUAAAUGAAGUGGCCGUGUCGGUGCGGCGGACCACCGUGAUCAAGGAGAGCUUCAUCUUCAGCUUCCUCCCCGUAAUCUCGUCCGAGAACCUCGCCUGGGACAGAGCGGACGUCGAGCUCCUCAGCGUCUCCCAGCCCCAGGGGGACUUGCUAGCACGGUACCUCUUCCGCCUCGACGGCAGCUUCGUCGAGGUGCGCCUCGUGCCGGUCAAGGACCUCUGGACGCUCCUCGGGGACAUCGGCGGCAUCGUGGGGCUUCUCUUCGUGCUGUUCUCGCAGCCGGGAAAGCUCGUGAACUUCCUGCUGCUGCGACGCGACGUGUCCGCACGCCUGCAGCGCGCGGGCGGCGUCGAGGCGGACGUCAAGCAGGCGGCAUCGAGCAGGGCCUCCACGGCGAGCGUCAGGGACGCAGACGUCGUCAGGAUGUCUGUGGAGACGCAGCAGGUGGAAGUGGCGAAGCGGGCCGUGCAGUUUGCCGCCGCCGACCGCGUGCACGAGGACGGGGUCGACCCGCGCGAGGGCCUGCCGGACCGGGGCUCUCGGCCCCGGGUGACGCCGCGGAGCAGCACGCGCACGCCGAUCAGGUGA